CUUUGAGGAAUUAAAAAGAUUAAAACAGUAUAUUUAUUCCCGUCAGAUUACAAAAGAGAAGUUCUGUACCAAACAUUUUGCAAACCUGGAUUGUAGCAGAUCCAAGUAUCCAAAGAUUUCAUGGAAGUGUUGUGGAGACCAGGUCUUACAUUAUGAAUAUAAUGAAGAUUGUGCAUAAUUUAUUCAAAGACAGUACCCUAAGCACUCCUCUGAACAUAGUUGUCAACAAAGUAGAAUUUUUGGACAGAUCAUUGGCAGAACCAAAGACACCAGAUUGUGUAUCAUCACUUUGUAGUUUCUGUAGAUGGGCUUCUCGAAGAAAUCAUAGAAAUGAUAAUCACCAGGGAAAUUCUGAUGUUGCAAUUUAUAUAACAAAGGAUAAUGAAACCCUUGCUAAUUUAGCUGUAACCCAUCAAGGAAGAAUGUGCAAUCCUGACCACAGUUGUUUGGUGGCCAUAGAUUCUGGACUUGUCAGUACAGCAAUCACCAUGACUCAUGACUUAGGACAUUUGUUAGGCAUGAUUCAUGAUGAAAAUACUCCCUGUGGAAUCAGUAGAAAUAUUAUGAGUACGCAGGGUUAUACAGGAAGCAUGGGAUUGCACUGGUCAACAUGUAGUUCCAGAGCAUUAGAUAGAUUCCUAAAAAGUAGCAGUUCAUCAUGUUUAAAUGAUUUCCCAUUACAAAUAAUGCCAGGACGUCAAAAGAUUUAUGAUAAAGAUCAGCAGUGUAGAUUUGCCCAUCAUGAUACAUCUUGUGGCUUCAGCUUGCCCAAUAAGGAUCCAUGUGAAAGUCUGGCAUGCCAGGUUCCAGAUAAUGAGCAUAAAUGUAUAACAGGAGCACCAAUGGCGGAUAAAACUGACUGUUUCAAAGAUGGUCAACUCAGGUGGUGUAUGAAAGGAAAAUGUAUUCCAUAUACAGGUCAUUGUAAUACACCAAGCCAUUGGUCAGCCUGGGGAGCAUGGUCAGAUUGUAGCAGACCAUGUGGUGGUGGUAUUACCCAUCGAAGAAGAACUUGUCAAAAUAAGCAGGCUGUUUGUGCACAUGAUUGUAUCGGAGAAAAAGAGGAUGUCAGACUCUGUAACAUGAAGAUAUGUAAACAGAAUCUAAAUGACCUCAAAACAAAGUGGUGUGAAUCUCACAAUACAGAAACUGGAAACUAUGAAUGCUAUUGCAGAGUAACACAAGAAGGGACAUGGGUAGCUUAUCCUGAUGGUUUCGACUUGUAUCCAAAACUUUCUUCACAUAAUAUUAGUAAAUGCUUCAAAGGAAAACUUCAGUCCUUUGGUUGUGAUGGGAAGAUGGGAUCUGGAUUGAAGUUUGAUCAAUGUGGUACGUGUCAUGGUGACGGCAGCAUGUGUCAAGAACAUCAUGGUCAAUACACAAAAUACCAAACAUUAAAAGACACACCUUUUUUAAUCCACACAGUACCAGCAGGAUCUACAGGAAUAAUUGCCUCAAACCAUAAUACAGACUGGACACAAAUUGAAGCAGAAUAUGAAGAAAAGGGAGGAACUUUGAGGUUUGGAGAUGUACUUAAAGAUUUUCCUGAGCCAUCUCUGUGGAAUAUAAGUUUAUAUAUUACGUAUUUUGAAUCUGUAGCGGCUAAUGUUAGCUACAGAUAUGAUACAUCACUGCAUCAUACCAGCAAAUACCAGUGGUCAUCCAAAUGCACAUCAACAGCAGACAGAGUAAUCAGUUGCAUGGACACAAAACUAAAUGCUCUAGUAGAAGACAAACACUGUUAUUUGUUCACUAAACCAGAUCAAAAACCAUGUCAAGGGAGUGACAGAUGAGUGGACAGAUAAUAAUUAACAUUGUAAAACCAUGACUGCUGUUAUACAUGUUAUAAGAGUAAUUUUUCCUUAAUGGACAUUCAGC